AAAGAAAAGUUUGAAAUACAAAAUCUUAAUUAAGAUUAAGUUAAGCGGAAACAGGGAUUCGUGUGAAAAAUUCGACCACCAAUCGAAACUUUUGAUUGUUGACAUGUGUGCCGUCGAGUGAAAUAGUUUGGUUGGCCAACGAAAAAUAAAUAAAAACUUUUUACCUUUCCAUUGAAAUGGGCAAACAUUUGUCAAAAGCGAGGCAAUUAAGUCUGGCGUUUCAAAUGGAUCAAUUAAAAUAGUGUGUCAGAGAAAAAGUUAGCAAAGUGUACGCUUGAAAUUGGAAUAUUAAGUGUGUUUAUUAUAUUUAGAUUUUUAAAAAUAAAAUAAAGCUAAAAAAAAUGGACAUGGACUUUAUGGCCACCACCAGUGGCAAUAUAUCAGCGACUACGGAGGCGGACUUUGGUCCAACCACAAGUGAAGCAAAUGUCACGGAUGCCACACAGAUGGACACGAAUGGCACACUUGGCGAUGAUGAGGAUGAGGAGAUGCUGCGGAUAGCCUUCUUUAUAGGGGACAUCGUACACCAUUACUAUAUCCCCGUACUCUGCUGCACGGGCGGCAUUGGGAAUAUCCUUUCCGUCUUCGUCUUCUUCAGGACCAAGUUACGAAAGUUAUCCUCGAGCUUUUACCUAGCUGCUCUGGCCGUCAGCGAUACUUGCUUUCUGGCCGGCCUCUUCGCCCAGUGGCUGAACUUCCUCAAUGUGGACAUCUACAAUAGGAACUACUUCUGCCAGUUCUUCACCUUCUUCAGCUACUUGGCCAGCUUCUGCUCCGUUUGGUUUGUGGUGGCCUUCACCGUGGAGCGCUUCAUUGCGGUCAUCUAUCCGCUGAAGCGACAGACCAUGUGCACCGUGCGCCGGGCUAAAAUCGUGCUCUUCUGUCUCACCCUCGUCGGCUGUCUGCACUGUCUGCCCUAUAUAGUGAUUGCCAAGCCGGUCUUUAUGCCCAAACUGAACACAACCAUCUGCGAUCUCAACUCGGAAUACAAGGAACAACUGGCCCUCUUCAACUACUGGGACUCGAUUGUCGUUUAUGCGGUGCCCUUCACCACCAUCGCCGUUCUGAACACCUGUACAGGUUGCACGGUGUGGAAAUUCGCCACCGUUCGCCGAACGCUGACCAUGCACAAGAUGAAACCUCAAACAAACAGCAUGCCCUCGAACUCAUCGAACUCUUCCGGAGGAGCGUCUUCUGCAGUGACCUCUUACCGCAUUUCGGCAUCGCUGAAGCGCCAAAAGUCAACGGGAACGCAUCCAAGCGGACAGCACAAUGUUGCCAUCAGGCAGCCGGAUGAGCAGGAACAACAGCAGCCGCAGCAGCAGCAAAUAAACAAUUGCCAACACCACUGUGCGAUCACACAGAAACCAGCACGCCGCAAGGUACAAAACUCAUCGCAGAUCAAGGUUACCAAAAUGCUGCUAAUUGUCUCAACGGUUUUUGUCUGCCUCAACUUGCCCAGCUGCCUGCUGCGCAUUGAAGCCUAUUGGGAGACGGAAUCGGCCAGAAACGAGAAUUCAACAAUUGCCCUUCAAUAUAUUUUUCACGCUUUCUUCAUCACAAAUUUCGGCAUCAAUUUCGUGCUUUACUGCGUCAGCGGACAGAAUUUCCGCAAAGCCGUAUUGAGCAUCUUCAGGAGGGUUUCAUCCGCCCAACGGGAGGCAGGAAACACCCAAGUGACAGUUUCUGAAUAUUGUCGUAAUACCGGCACAUCCACCCGCCGUCGGAUGAUGACGCAGCAUUGUUGGAACGAAAUGCACGAGUUGCAUCCACUCAAGUGAACUGCAGAGCUUACAGAGUAAUAAUAAACUUAGCGGCUCCAAAGGCCAAGGAAAAAUGGGAGAUUGCGAAAUACGCCGCGGGAUAAGCAGGAAUUUCGUUUUUAAUUAGAUUUCAGCAAACAUAAAUGUAAGAGGAGAAUCGAAACGAGAAACGAAAAACAAAAGCGAAGUAUUUGUUUGUGAUGUAAAGGCCAAGCAAAAUGGAAUGAAAAGGAAAAAUCAAAAUUAAGAUUGUAUUGUAUACACCGAAUUACAUUUAUAUAAGUGUUUAACUAACCAUGGUAGAAAUAAAAUAAUUAAAUUUUCUUUUGCUUCCGAAACUGUACGCAUAUUUAGAAGGCAGUUAAAUAGAAACCAAUCCAAUUCAAAUCCGCACGCUAACUUAAUUGAAACCGAACCACAGAAACACAAUUUGAAAACGUCAAACGUAAACCCCAAACAGAUUAAAUUAAUAAAAAUAUAUUGCUGUCUA